AUGCUGAAACUCUUCAAGCUGAAGACAUCACCACUAGCUGUUCAUGCAUUACGACUGCAAUCAAGUCAACUUCGGCGCUUUCCCAAGAUAGUAUUCUCAAACUAUCCAUGUACAAAACAUCAAGGAGUCGAAGCCAACACGCAGUCAACAAGCUUCUGUCAAACGAAAAGGACUUCAUACCCGGAGUCGCGAUCGACUAGCAACAAGUUAUACACAAUCUACGGACAAUCCCGAGCAGUUGUAAUUGGGGAAAAGAUUCUUCAAGGAAAUGAAGAAGUUCGAAACUCUUCAACGAGGAAAGAAGCUGAAGACUCUUCGACAAGGAAGCCGGAUCUCCAAGUACAUGCACAACGCAUCGGAAAGGAGUCAAGCUGA